GUGAAACUGGACUGCCAGGUUUUCCAGGGUCUAUUGGCCCUAAAGAACAAAAAGGAGAGCCUGGGGAACCUUUAACAAAAGGUGAAAAGGGAGAUAGAGGAGAACCUGGGAUGACAGGAUCACAGGGAGUAAAGGGAGAACCUGGAGAUCCUGGUCCCCCUGGUUUAAUGGGAAGCCCAGGACUAAAGGGUCAGCAAGGACCUGCAGGUUCCACGGGGCCCAGAGGAGCACCAGGAGAUGUUGGAUCAGCAGGAGAACAUGGUAUCCCAGGAAAACAAGGUGUUAAAGGAGAAAAGGGAGACCCAGGUGGGAUUGCAGGCCCUCCUGGGCUUCCUGGUCCAAAAGGUGAGGCAGGUCCUCCAGGGAAGAGUCUGCCAGGGGAACCAGGGUUAGAUGGAAUGCCUGGAGUACCUGGUCCACGUGGGCCAAAGGGUGAAAGAGGACUGCCAGGUGUCCACGGUUCCCCAGGUGAUGUGGGCCCACCAGGGGUAGGAAUUCCUGGCAGAAUGGGCUCCCAAGGACCAGCUGGAGAGCCUGGUAUUCAGGGUCCUCGAGGCCUCCCUGGGUUGCCAGGAACUCCAGGCUCCCCAGGAAAUGAUGGAGUCCCAGGGAGGGAUGGAAAGCCAGGCCUGCCAGGCCCCCCAGGUGACCCGAUUGCGCUUCCUCUCUUGGGAGAUAUUGGCGCCUUGUUCAAGAACUUCUGUGGCAACUGCCAAGCCAAUGUCCCUGGGCUAAAAAGCAACAAAGGGGAUGAAGGAGGCGCUGGUGAGCCUGGAAAGUUUGAUUCUGUAGUCAGGAAGGGUGAUAUAGGGCCGCGGGGGCCUCCAGGAAUCCCAGGCAGAGAGGGACCCAAGGGAAGCAAAGGAGAGCAGGGCUACCCUGGAGUACCUGGGGAGAAAGGCGACGAGGGUCUUCAAGGAAUUCCAGGUAUUCCAGGUGCUCAAGGCCCAGCUGGGCCUCCUGGUUUAGUGGGAAGAACUGGACAUCCUGGUCCUGCUGGAGCAAAAGGUGACAAGGGCAGCGAGGGACAACCUGGGAAACCUGGACCACCCGGACCACCUGGUGUACUAUUCAAUGAAGGAAAUGGCAUGAGCAGUUUAUAUAAAAUCCAGGGAGGUGUGAGUGUCCCCACUUACCCAGGACCACCUGGUCCCCCUGGUCCAAAAGGUGAUCCUGGCCCAGUGGGAGAGCCUGGUGCGAUGGGGCUGCCAGGACUUGAAGGAUUUCCAGGUGUAAAGGGAGAUCGAGGCCCAGCAGGUCCCCCAGGAGUAGCCGGGAUGGCGGGAAAACCUGGUAUGCCAGGACCUCCAGGUGUUCCAGGGGAGCCGGGUGAAAGAGGACCUGUUGGAGAUAUUGGUUUCCCUGGACCAGAAGGACCUUCAGGAAAGCCAGGAAUAAACGGAAAAGAUGGAUUACCAGGUGCUCAGGGUGUCAUGGGUAAGCCUGGAGAUAGAGGCCCCAAAGGAGAACGUGGUGAUCAGGGAAUCCCAGGAGACAGAGGCCCGCAAGGUGAACGAGGAAAACCAGGCCUUACAGGCAUGAAGGGGGCCAUAGGUCCUGUGGGUCCACCAGGAAACAAGGGCUCCAUGGGAUCCCCUGGCCACCAAGGCCCUCCAGGCUCCCCAGGCAUCCCUGGUGCUCCGGCUGAUGCUGUUUCUCUUGAAGAAAUCAAAAAAUACAUUAAUCAAGAGGUUCUAAGGAUUUUUGAAGAAAGGAUGGCUGUGUUUCUAUCCCAGCUGAAGCUGCCAGCAGCAAUGUUGGCUGCACAAGCUCAUGGGAGGCCAGGCCCACCAGGGAAGGAUGGGUUACCUGGGCCACCAGGAGACCCUGGACCUCAAG